CGGCCCUUUGGGCACUCGGAGCGCAGCGCGCCCCGAGGUCAGAGUUGCCCCGUCCGGUCGGGCGGACGAGCUCCGGCCGCAGCAGCCCCGGCGCCGGCGCGCACCGCAACUUUGGAGAGGCGAGCGGCAGCCCCCGCAGCGGCAAUGACUCCCUGGCUCGGGCUCGUCGUGCUCCUGGGCAGCUGGAGCCUGGGGCACUGGGGCGCCGAGGCGUGCACAUGCUCGCCCAGCCACCCCCAGGAAGCCUUCUGCAACUCCGACAUAGUGAUCCGGGCCAGAGUGGUGGGGAAGAAGCUGGUGAAGGAGGGGCCUUUUGGCACAUUGGUCUACACUGUCAAGCAGAUGAAGAUGUACCGCGGGUUCAGCAAGAUGCCCCACGUGCAGUACAUCCACACGGAAGCGUCCGAAAGUCUCUGUGGCGUUAAGCUGGAGGUCAACAAGUACCAGUACCUGCUGACAGGCCGUAUCUAUGAAGGUAAGGUGUACAUAGGACUGUGCAACUUCGUGGAGCGGUGGGACCAGCUCACCAUCUCCCAGCGCAAGGGGCUGAACUAUCGCUAUCACCUGGGUUGUAACUGCAAGAUCAAGUCCUGCUACUACCUGCCUUGCUUCGUGAGCUCCAAGAACGAGUGUCUCUGGACCGACAUGCUCUCGAAUUUCGGUUACCCCGGCUACCAGUCCAAACACUACGCCUGCAUCCGGCAGAAGGGUGGCUACUGCAGCUGGUACCGAGGAUGGGCCCACCCAGACAAGAGCACCACCAAUGCCACAGACCCCUGAGCACCAGACCCUGCCCCGCCUCACCUCCCUCCCUUCCCGCUGAGCUUCCCCUGGACACUAACUCUUCCCAAAUGACGACAAUGAAAUUAGUGCCUGUUUCCUUGAAAAUUUAGCACUUGGAACACUUAAAAGAAAAGUCUGUGCUGUCAUACGGAGUUUAUUUGGAAACAUCCUCCUGGCCCCACCCGACCCCUUCUUUUUGGUUUUGACAUCACCUAUUUCCACCCCUGGGAAUUUUCGGUGCCAUGCCAGAGAGAAUGAGGAAUGUUCACUCCUCUUCCUCCUGAUAACAUAAUCUAUAUUUUUUUAGGAAAACAAAAAUAAAAAAACUAGCGUAUUUGGGCACUGUAAUACCUAGCCCACUCUCUCCUUCCCCAGCUCGGCAUCUCCCAGACCCUCCGCCCUUUGCCCCCCUCCACCCCAGCCCAUAAGGAACAGACAAGGGCGCUGCUGAGAGGCCAGCUGGUUCGGGAUCAGUCAAGGGUAGCAAACAGAUAGACUCAAGGUAUGCGGAGGAUCUUGCACACCGAGGAGAUGCUACUGCGCGUCCCAACCAGACUCUGUCUGUCUGUGUCUCUCUGUAUAUAAGGGGGGUAGGGGGAGGAAGAAGCUGUGAUGGAGGGUCUGAGAGGAUGCAGCACACAUAGCUGCCCCAGCCCAGGGAUGCUCGGGUUGACCAGAUGUCCCCAAGUCUGGAGCACACAGCCAGGCCAGAAUAACAGAGCUUUCUUAGUCCGUGAAGACUUAACACCUGCCUGAGGUCAGGAGGUAAUUUGCCUGCCUUGUACAAAGCUCAGGUGAAAGACUGAGAUGAUUGUCUUUCCUCCCCUCUCCCCGCAAGAUUUCCUCCUGGAUAACUCUUUGGUCGAUCUGGCCGGGAGCUUGCCCUUACGUAAAUUGGAGACAUGCACACGCCAUACACUAUCCACAGAUAUAGCCAAGGAGACUUGGGUAGAGAAUACUAUUUCCAAAGUAGCGUUUAGCUCACCUACGGGGCUAUGUUUAUACACACUUUUGCAUACACACACACACACACACACGGGGACAUACGCUGAUUUUUUUAUAGGACACAGAAUUCUGUUCGAUGCUGUCAAAUACACCAAUAGUUUAAUCUCCUCUAUUUUGUUGUUGUUGCUUGUUUGAAGAAAAUCAUGACAUUCCAAGUUGCCUUUUUUUUUUUUUCAUUUUAAUUAAAAUUUGAGAUUCUGAACACCCUCAGCAUUCCUUUAACUGGGGUCAUCUGGCCUCUGCCCCACUCCUUUCUCCUGCUUCAUGUUUGGGGCCUUCAUUUAACUGCCUUACUGGCUGGGCUCAGAUGGGAGAUGAGAGUGAGUGUGGGUCAGGGGCCUGGGCACCGGAGGGAAAGCUGCAGAGUGUCCCGCCAAGGCCCGAUGGCCACCUUUCCUGGGUUUGGAGACAGUUGCUUCUCUUUCUCCAACUCGCUGGUGGGUGAACGCCACCUCCUGAGGUCCUCACCUCAUGGUUUUAUUAAAUUGGUGGUCACUGGGGAAGCCUGACUCUGCAAUCAGCUGUAGGGUUUUUUGUUGUGUGUGUGUUUUGUUUUGUUUUUUUUUUGAAAUAAAACUAUAAUAUAAAUUCUCCAAUUAAAUAAAAUUAUUUUAAGUUUUAGUGCUGAAAUGAGAUGCGGAGGGUAGGCGAUAAUGUGUAUUUCAGAAUUGGGGGGGGGCGGGCGGUGACAUGUAACAUGACUGCUCUCUUUUUUCAGAUUAUGGGUAUUUAUCCUCUGUUAGUAUCUGUAUCUUCAGUUCAUUCCGCUUUAGGAAACAGAGCUGCCAAUUGAAACAGGAGAACAAAAAGCAGGCGACAUGUGAUGUCUCGCACGCACACGCAAAUGCCCAGGCAGGUGCUUGGCUGAACCCCAGAGGGGAAGACAGUACAGGCAUCCGGCUUCCUUAGGACCGAUCCCAUGACCUUGCACCUUUCACCUUGCGGUCAUGACAUUUGGCACGCAGGAAACAGGAGGCUUUGCCAUCUCGAUGGGGCAGUGUGAGCAGAAGGAGCUGAGGUCAGCAGGCCAGUGGCUUUUAAGGGGUAAGCCCCAGACUUGGUGUUUUUAAGAUUUUAUUUCAACCUCAAAGUCUUAUAAGGCGGAACCCCUAAUCCAACCUGUCCAAGUGCCCUCCCACAGCCGCUGACAUGAGCCUCUCCUCCAUGAGGCAUCUGACCAUUCUUGGUCCCUGCUGGGGUCACCUCCACUCACACAGCAGGGAGUUGGGGUGAGGCCUGAGCACGAGUCACCUGAAAUUUCCCUGCAGACAAGUUGGGCGGGACCGCAGGCCAUUUGCCAGGCCCUGGUGAGGAGAACAGGUCCUGGGCUACGAAGGGCCCUUUGCAAAGCGGUGUUGUCAGAGGGCGGUUGUUGAGCUUUCUCUAAGCUAUAGCUUUGUAUAUUUCACCUGUUCACUUACUGUAUAAUUUAAAGUCAUUUAUGUAGCUGAGACACUUCUAUAUUUCAAUCAUAUCGUGACGUUUUAUUUUGCUAAAUCAUGUCAUGUGUAGGCUGUAAUAUGUGUACAUUGUGUUUAAGAGAAAAAAAAAAUGAAACCCACAUGCCACCAUUUUCCCGAAUCAAAUUCUACAGUGGAAUGGAGGGUAAAUACUUCUGUGCAGGCAGCUGGACUGGCGAACGGGGGAAGCGAGAAGGAACUAGCACGAGACCCUCCGGCCUCCUCUUGGUCAGCGCCCUGUGCUUCCCGGAGCAGGCAGGAGGCGGGGGAAACGGCAAGUGCAUUCGUGUCCUUGCUCAGUAUCAACUGGCCCCGGGCAGUCUGCCGGUCAUUCCCAUCCCUUUUCCCCACUAGUCCCUAUGGCCAUCCAAUUGGAAAGCCAUGAUUUCUCCUAAAUCCUGGGCCAUGAGAGCCGGAAUUCCAAGGUCUCGGUGUCCCCUGGCCAUCUCCCUGCCUCCCUCCCCAGGAAACCCCAGCCUAAGCUCUGCCUCUCAGUCCAGUGCUCCAGCUGGCAGGGCAUAUAAUACUGGGAGACUCCUCCUGGGCUUCACCCUCACACAGCCCCAGACCUGAACGGUGGUCAAGCUAUAGCCCACGAGCACCACUUUUCAUACCAUGGUUCUCGGGCAAUUUAAGAAAGAGACGAUUUAUAGGGACAGCUCUGUCUCAGAGGCACCGAGGGAGACGAUACCCUUCCCUGCCCCAGCCCGUCACCCUGUGCUUGAUGGCCAACAUGGAUUAUCCUAAGAUGAUACCUAAGUGUUUGGCUCCCGGCUGCCUAAAGUAAAAAUACCACUGAAAUAGUUUUAUACAAGAAAAACAAACGCUUUGAAGGUCGGAUGGCAAAAGGAAAACAGAAUGGGGAUGGGCAGGAGAGAGAGGUUUCAACAGCCUCCUAAAUGGCUCUUAGGAGGUGCGAGAAGGGGAAGAGUUAGAGACCGGUUCACGCUCGGAGAGGGCCCCCUAGUCUCCCACACCCCCGCCUUCCCCCUUAGCCAGUCUGCUGCCCUGAGACCCAGAAGUGAUGGAGAGACACCAACCAGAGAAAACCCUGUCCAGAAGGAAUGUAUUUGUUGCUAAAUUUCGUAGCACUGUUUACAGUUUUCCUCCAUGUUAUUUAUGAAUUUUAUAUUCCGUGAAUGUAUAUUGUCUUGUAAUGUUGCAUAAUGUUCACUUUUUAUAGUGUGUCCUUGAUUCUAAACAGUAAAGUGGUUUUAUUUCUAUCACA